AUGUCAAAAUUAUGUAGUGACUGGAAAAUUCUUUGUGACAUCUUUAAUCUAUGUACUCGACAAUUGUAUAAAAAGGAAAUUAAUCUUCUCAAGAAAAUAUGUAAACCAAAAAUAUCUCCUGCAAACUUUUUGACUACGUCUUGUACGAAUGGAACGUUUGGUGGCUUUUGCAUUGAUAAACCCAUGAAAUGGCCUAGUGGAAAACCAACCAAUUAUAAAUUUCAUCAAGAAACUGAAGAUAUAUUAAACGUGCAAAUAAAUGCUGAGCUAAAAGCUUUCUAUUACUAUUUAUCCAUGGCUGCAUACUUUGGACGUGCUGACGUAGCUUUACCUGGCUGUGAGUCAUUUUUCAUGCAAAUGCAUCAUGAGGAACAUGAGCACGCUCUCAGAUUCUUAAAUUACGUAAAAAUGCGCGGGGGGCGUGUAAAUUUGUGUCCAAUACAGUCACCUCUCGAUCAAGAUUGGAAAUGUCCGUUGCACGCUUUUAAAACAGCAUUAGAUUUGGAGAUUGAAGUAACUGAUAAACUAGUAGAGGUAAACGCCGUGGCGGAAAAACAUGGCGAUUUAAAUGCAAGUGAUUUUAUUAUUACUGGUUUUAUGGAAGAUCAAAUGAAAAGUAUAAAUGAGAUGGCAAGAUUUGUGGCUAUUCUAUCUGGAAUUGGUGAUCAAGCAUUAGCACGCUUUAUAUUUGAUAAAGAUUUACUCGAUUAUCAUGUUGAGCCUAAAUUUAAUAUCCUUCGUUUAAAAAUGCGACCAAACGGAAGUGACAAAUAG